AUAUUGCCGAGCAGGUCUAUGCCCGGGAAACAAAACUGAGGGCAAAAUAAACCCUCUUUGGUAUUAUCACAUUUCAUGGUGCGAAUACGGAAGUUAAGUGUUAGCUUUAAAUGUUGACACCAUGAUCGGAGAUCUGCUGCUAUUUGGGACCUUGUUGAUCAACGCAGGGGCUGUCCUGAAUUUCAAGCUCAAAAGGAAAGAAUCCCAUGGAUUUGGAGAUGAGUCCAGAGGUCCAACGACAGGUGACAACAUUCGCGAGUUCCUCCUCAGCCUGCGAUACUUUCGCAUCUUCAUUGCACUGUGGAACAUCUUCAUUAUGUUCUGCAUGAUUCUAUUGUUUGGAUCAUGAGCAACGGUGGCUCUUGCUGGACUACGACCAGGCGACUGAUUUUUCAAGACUGGUGCUCAAAAUCCCUUGAUAUUCUGUUUUUGGGGCGGGGGUUGUUUAUUUUAUCUUUAAUUGUUCCUUUCCUUCUUAACCCCCACUCAGCUGCAAUCCUUUACAGAAAUGUUUAGACUGCUGUAUUUAUUUCAUCCCAUCUAUCCAGAGGUUUGACAUUUAUGGGAUUCAAUGGUGUGAGAUGUUAUUCUUGUACCAUCAUUGCAUAAAAUGAAUGGACCAUC